AUGCAACGCCCGGCUCGCCUCGACUGGACUCCUUCCCGCGUCCACCCAGCAGAAGGAGGCCAGCACGCAUUCCCCGGCACCCAACGAGCCCCCGGGGCCUCGUCAAAAGGUCGACUCGCUGCGUUGGCCGGGAAUCGAACCCGGGUCAACUGCUUGGAAGGCAGCUAUGCUCACCACUAUACCACCAACGCCGCCCGGCCAAGACAGCCGCUCCAGCCGGGCCCGGCUGCCGAGCAGGGCACCGUGGGCGCCGCCGCGGUCUCCCGACCAGGCCCUGCCGCGACGCACAUGGCGGGGCCGCUCGCCUCCGCCGGCCCAGCUUACAGGCCACGAAGGCACCCUCAACCAGCCCACACCAACUGGCCCUGGGACCGUGCCCGGCACCGGCCCCGGCCCCGGCCCCGGCCCCGGCCCCGGCCCCGGCCCUGGUUCGGUCCACAGCCACGCACCGAAAUCGACCCUGUGCGCCCUGCCGGUCGCCCACCGCACCGGCAUCUGGCAGUCGGGCGGGCGAGUCCCCCGCUGGCCACGCCCCGCGGGAUCCCGCCUCGGGGCCUAGUAAGACAGCUCGGCCCCACGGACGGACGAUUGAUUACCCACCCUGGUGAGUGGCCGGGCGUUCGCCCUCGAGCCGGUUGGCGUUCCCACCCGGGCGCCGCCACCAACCUCCCGCGGGCGGCGGCUUUCUCGGGGCCGGCCCACCACGUCCGUGCUGGCUGGCUGGGGCGCCGGCACCUGUCCCCCGCUGCACCCCGGCGAGAGGCGCGGGCGGCCAGGAGUUUGGCGACUGGAGGGUGCGGGUGGACAAGAAGGCAGCCACCCAGCCACGGGUCACCUGCCCUGACCGAAAUGCCCGUCAGGGCAAAAUUUGGACCGGCUCCUGGCUUCCUCGGGCGACAGCGGGCAUGGCGGUCUGGUGAGCCUGCGCCGGCACAGAACGUGCCGGGGCCUGGGGAUACCGCAUCGACCUCCACCCGCGGUGUGCACACACGCGCACGCCCCCGCCGGCUGCAGGACGCCCAGGGCCCACCAUCCAUCCCCGCAGCCUCCUUCACGGUCCCACCAAGCAGCAACUCACGGAAGGCGGUGGCCACUGUCACGAGGUUGCACGGAGUUGCCUUCCCACACGCAUUUCGCGUCCAUGGAGGCCGCCAGGUACCUCGACCGCACACCAAACGCCGGACCGUCGGACCAGAACUCACCUCUCCCACGAGUGGCCUCCUACCGGCCCACGGCUGCCGUGGGGCGCAGGAAGGACUCCAAAUGACUCCCAGUGGCCCUGUGCUCACCGCUCUCGAAUGCCCGGUCCUGCCGUCCAUCCGGUUCCUCCAUCCCGCCACGACGGCCCGCCACACCGAACGCACAGGCGCCUGGCCGAUUGUCACCUCUGCAACGACACAAGCGCCUGGUACUGGCCGCAGACCCUCCGUUCUCAGUCGUCUCCUUUUUCGGUGUCGCGGACUUUGCCCGAACACCGCCGGUGAGAACGGCAAGCCCACGUGUGCCGUCAGGGGCGGAUUUCCGGCAGCGGUCCGGUGGUCGAGAGAAGUGGGGUCAGUGGCAGGUUGCUGCCAAAGCCUGGGCGUCCGCUUGGAAGCCGAGAGAAGUUCCAGCCGCUAGAAGACUGACUGGACUGUCUGAACUCUCUGCUCCGUGGCUUUGGGCGGAGGC